AUGGCGCCUCGCUCUCAACCCGUCGGACCUGAUGAUAAAGAUAGUCAGAGCAAGAGCGAUGCCAGCGCCGUGCUGGAUUCGAUCUUUUGGGACAGUGGAUAUGAAAGUGGCUCCUAUAGCAACCCCAGUGAGGAUGAGGAUGACAGUGACAAUUCCGACGACGAUGCCUUUGAUGAGGGCCAGCUCCCUCCUGAACACUACCUCGCCCAAGCAAAGAGUCUGGAUGUCUCUCAGCUUCGACAGAAACGGUACAGUGAACAGACUGAGGAAAAACUUGAGGAGACCCGCAUGUACUGGAAGAGGCAUUGUCGGUACAUUGGCGUUGACCCAGUGAAGCAUUGGCGAUGGAUCUCAGACUCAGAUGAGACGGUUUGUUUCCUCUACGCAUUCUUCAGCUGGCGGUGCGACAUCCGUCGUGGCAAGAAUGGUCGACACUGCCCAGGCAUCCAGUACAAGAGCUCACUCGAGACUUUUUGGAAGUCGUGGCAUCUGGUUCUCAAACAGGAGACCAACUCAGGACUGAGCAAAGCUACGAUUGUCAAGAUAGAUGAUGUCAUUGCCCUUGUGGCCAAAGAGAAAUGCCUCGAGCUCAUCCGGAAACCAAAGAAAAACAUGUAUAUUGAAGAUGUGGCUGAGUACGCACGUGUUCUCCUAACCACCACUGAGAUGACAUUCAUCUGCGGCUGGCAACGCAUUCAAAUGCUUUUCUUCGUGCAGCUUGCGGCCAUCACUGCCAGCCGCCCAGGGGCGCUCCUCCACCUUCGCUAUCGGGACAUAAUGUUAUCCCUGAUCCGAGAUCCGGAGGGUGGGCGCCCUCGAUUAUUCAUAUUCUUAAAGCCGGACUUUACAAAGAGGUUCCUGGGGAAGAAGGCUCCGAACGAGUUUAAGAUUCCAGAAAUCAUUUUCGAUCCCACUCUGAUUCUCAGUCCGCAUGUCUGUCUGCUCAGUAUGCUCUUUUACAUUGACGGCUUCAAGAAAAUUUCAACAACUGGACCAGUGCUGGAUUCUGCGGAAAAACUGUACAGUCUCACAGUGCUGGAGGGCAAGGGACAGCAGGAGUUGCGAUUAAAAGAUGAAUUGCUGGAUAAGUUUGUGUUUUGCCAGGUGGAGCGGACACCUACUGGAUUUCAAAUCAACCUGGAGAAGCGACUGUUAGCAUCCACUGUGACAUCCCGGAUGCGCCGAUGUGGUGAGAUCACAGGCUUUGAAGAGAUCGCCCACCCGUACAAUCUUCGAUAUGCUGGGGCCAAGGCCUUCAACAGCAGUGAAGAGGUCACGGAUGCUCUCCAGAAUGUCAUCCUCCAGCACUCAGAUAUCCGUACUUUCGUCCGACAUUAUGAGGUGGAUGUUGAUGUUGAUGUACAGGGCAUCGUCCGUAAAACAGGUUCCCAAACACCAUUGGUUCGAUUUGCUUGUUCAAUGAGCGCAUCUAUUGACCCGAAUCGACCGUAUAAGCUCUCCACAGAAGAAUCUCGGUCCAUCAAUCUCCUCCCGGAGGUUCUUGCGCGGCAAGAUACAGUCAAUAAGCGCAAGCAGGAGUGGGAAGAUUGCAAAGCCAGGCUAGAACGUGCCAAUACAGCAUUUCAAGCCCAUUUUGGCCAUCUUAACAAAGAAGAGCUUUCCAAGUACCACUCCCAACUACUGGAGAAGCUGGAAAAUCUCCAGGAUCGGACAAUGGACGCUAAACAUAAGUACAACAGAGCAGUCCGCGAACUGCGUAAUGAGAAGCAACGACAGCGGAACCGACUCAUCCGAGCAAAUCUGAAGCGCUAUCGAGAUGAGCAGCCUGUGAUUGAUGUUGAACGGCAGCUGGCCGGGAAGCUAGUGGAUACCAAGGUCAUGGAAACACUGGAGCACAAGAGCUUCAUGCCUCCAGAGCAUCUGAUCAUGGUUGAUGCCAUCCUGUCCAUGCCGGGCGCCACCAUUGAAGCAGAGUAUCAGCGCCGGAUCAACGCGAUCAACGCAAUGGCCGCAUUCUGCCGCAUGGAAGAGGGACGGCCCACACUCCGACCAACCCCAUCUCGCCACCGGCCCGUACCUGAUGGCGACGACCCUUGCCCUCCCGCCAAACGGCAACGGCGCUCAGUGGAGGAUGACACUGAGAUUCUUCUACGCCAAGCAACGGAAGCCGUGCGGAUCAAGUCUGAAGACGACCGGCCACAGGUCUGCUUUCUCUGCGUCGGAAACCCCAAUCUGUCGCUGAAGGGCCGGAUUACAAAAUACGCAACACCUGGUUCGCUUACAAGGCAUUUCUUGCGGAAACAUGUGAACCCUCCCUGGCCAGCCAAAGGGGUUGAAUGUAAUGUUUGUGAGAGGGAGGUGCUACAAAAGAAAUCUGAUCUUUUGAGUCACGCAGAGGUCGCCCAUGGAACAGUUGUACGAGGAGGUGCUUUUAUUGAAAGAUUGCCGUAGAGCAGCGCGCCUGUACAAUUAUAAUACUGGAGUAGAUUUUAGAUGGAAUCUCUGAUCAUUGAAUAUUUCUAGAAAGUGAGAACACUUGAACAAGAAUACUAUUGGGGAAG